CCGGCUGGCUGCAGCUGGGACGGGAGGAGCCUGGGCGCGGGCCGCCGGGCGGAGCCCGUAACUCCCACAGCGUGGAGCUCCUGACCACGCCCUCGCAAGUUGUAUUACGUACUUUCACCUCCUGACCUUUGAGGACGGAGAAUUCGGGAGCUUGAGGAAAAUCAUUUUCCAUUCUCAGCUAUGGAGGAAAAAGAUGGUCCUCUGCGGCCGCGGCAACACCUCUAAAUCUUACUUUCUCACUCCUGUCUUCAAAUUCUGAAUCUUCUCCCUUUUGUUUCUCCUCUCUUGGGGGUUUGCAAGGAUUGACUGCAGUUCUGGACAAAGUUUCUUCUGUAGGUUUGAGUCAACACCUGUCACCCAUCUUGGUAAUAACAGGUUGGAUCCCUAAAGCUGCGGGGAGAAAGAUCAGGAAAACUUCAGGAUAAAGAAGUGUUUGGAGAACUUACUUCAUAAUCACAAAAGGAGAACUCCCAAGACUGCAAAGCGAAGAAACUGCAUCAGAUAUGGCAGAAGUGAAGCCAAUGUUCCGGGAAGUUCUUCCAAAACAAGGGCAGUUGUCUGUGGAAGAUAUAACCACAAUGGUGCUGUGUAAACCCAAACUUUUACCCUUAAAGUCUCUGACUCUGGAAAAACUGGAGAAAAUGCAGCAAGCAGCACAGGAUGCAAUUCGCCAACAAGAAACGGCAGAAAAGGAACAACAACAAGUAACUCAGUGAAUGAUAACUUAGGACUUCUGCAGAACACCCUACCAUACUAUUAACAAUAACUAGAAAAUAAUCUGCAUCAGUAUGCUGAAAGCAGUAUGUGUUAAUACAGCAGAUAGUAUUCAUAUAAAUAAUAUAAAAAUACUCAAGACUAAUAAAACUUGUGCUGUGAAUUUAAA